AUUAUAAGAUUCCAAACCAUCAUAUCCCCUCUCCUUUCCUAAAACCAUAGUUUCCCAACUUGCUUAUUCUUCCCUGCACUUCAAUCAAUUCCCAAUUUGCCUAGCUAGGUUUCACUACAUAAUCAAUUCAAACUGUUUUCUGCACCUCAUCUCUUGUUAUUACCACUCUAAGGCCAAUCCCCAUCAACAACCCUAAUUUCAUAGAAACCACUAUAUAUGCCGCAUGUUUGAUGUUCUUGGAAGAGGAAGAAGAAGAAGAAGAAUCAAGUGUAUCAUUUGCUGUAGAACCUAAUUAAUAUGGAGAUGAUGAAGAAAGUGAGAUAGAUAUAUAGUGGUAGAUGAUGGAGAAGGAUUUUGAGGCAAAUUUAAAGCAAGAAGGUUGUGAUGAUGGGAAGAAGAACAAGGCGGCGGAGGAGAUGAGGAAAUUGGGUUCGAGCAGCACAACAUCGACAUCAUCAUCGUCAAGGCAAUGGGGGGGAGGGUUCAAGAACCCAAGAAUCGUGCGGGUUUCUCGAAGUUUCGGUGGGAAAGACCGGCACAGCAAGGUGUGUACCAUAAGAGGAUUAAGAGACAGGCGAAUUAGGUUGUCGGUUCCGACCGCCAUCCAAUUGUAUGACCUCCAAGAUCGCCUUGGUCUCAGCCAACCCAGCAAGGUUGUCGAUUGGCUCCUCGAUGCCACCAAGCUCGAGAUCGAUAAACUCCCUCCCCUCCCUUUCCCACCUUCUUUCUCCUCCUCAAUCUUCGAAAAUUCCAAUAAUAUCCUUCACCACCAACCACCCCUCCCCCCUCCCCACUUCUCCCAUCACGACGUGAUGAAAACCGGGAAAGAGAAAUGGAUCGGAGAAGAUGAUAACAGCCAAGACGGUGGAGCUGGAGCUUUAGCUUUAGCAGCUGCCUAUAAUAAUAAUAAUAAUAACGUUGUACCUCAGAAUUUCUUUCCUCAGAAAUGGAUCGAGCCCUUGGCGCCGCCUCCGCCGCCCUACUACCAUUGGGAGCCUUCCACCUUGUCUUUAGCACAAUUUCACGAUUCCCACAACAACAAUAAUCCCAAUAAUAAUCUCUACUUUCCCUCUAUCCUCCCACCGCCCUAUAUGGCGGCGGCCCCAGACUUCCAUCACUUGCUCACCACAACAACCUCGACUUCCUCGCUAACCGACAACAACCAUAAUCAUCUAGAAAAGAGCAGCCGCGGUUCUUAGUACAUGAUGAUCAGGGAUAUCUAUAUUUUCUUAGGAAUCAUCGGAUUAUAUAUAUAUAUGUAUUGAUGAAGGGCCGGGCUUUGUGUCAGAGUACGAAGAUGAUGAGGAUGAUGAUUACAUUUUCCGGUGUACGAACAGAUCAGAUCAGAUCAGAUGCACUAUAUACAUAUACAGUAAGACACAUUUAUAUGUAUAUCCGGUAUGUUGAAUUUAUAUAUAUAUGUAUAUUUUUUGUUAAUUUCAUUUUCAACGAAAUUAAGACAGAUUAUAUUAA